AGUCUGUCGUGGAACAGCUUCUCUCGGCCAGCAUGAUGGCUGCUCAAGAUGGAGGCAUGAGCCCCCGUGCUCCGGCGGGCGCGUCGUCGGCAAGCCCGGCGUCGUCCAGGUCGAGACCUGAAGCGAUAUCGGGGGACAGAUCGCGGCUGCUGAAUGCCUUGCCCUCGCACGAAGAGGCCCGCGACGUUCGCAUCAAUGUGCUCAACACAAGUGUGCAAGGUGCACGAAAUGCUGGAACCACGGGACUACUGCUGGCCGUGUCCGCCUUGAUCUCUAUCCCCCAGGUUAUCGCGGCAACUGUGAUCAUGGCCAUGUUCUGGAACGACCCUGAACUCGCGUCGUGCAGUCGUGUGAAGUACUGGACGCUUGUGCAAACCCUGCACCAGUUUUUCACAGUCAUUGUCGAGUGGAUCGUGUACAAAUCGAUGGACGGAUCUGUCCGCAAUAGCGCCGUCACGUCGUGGCUCGCGUCCCCUGGCGUAAAAAGCGCGUUGAACUCGAUCAAAUACUCGCUGGAGCUCCUAGGGUUGUUUUGGUUCCUUGUCGGCAACAUGUGGAUCAUCAGCGACGAAGAGCACAGCUCGACCAAAGCGGGUGGGCAUCUCUACAACAUGGCGUUUGCCAUGAUCACGAUCUGCUACAUCAAGAUUUUCCUGCCGUGCUUAAUCCUGGUUGCGCUGCUCCCGAUCGUGUGCUUUUGCCUGCCGUGCCUCAUUCGUCUCUUGAAUCGCAUGCAAGAUCCCAUGCGUGGCAAGGGGGCCGCCGCCGAGAUCAUUGCCAAGCUACCGAGUGCGCCGUACGUGCCAUCCAUGUUUCCCGACGAGGACGCGAGCUGCUGCAUUUGCUUGAACGAAUACGUCCGGGACCAAACCGUGCGCGUUCUGCACUGCAAGCAUCACUUCCACCAAGCGUGCGUCGACGAAUGGCUCGUUGUUAACGCGACGUGCCCCACUUGUCGGAAAUCCAUCGACCCGAACGAGGCACCGCCGCGUCAACCCGACGACGUCAACCUGAUUGUAUAGCAGCCGCCAGCACCUCCCACGGCCAUGUCGUCGUCGUAGUGUCUGCUGUUCGUACGAGGAAACGCAAUAUCUAAUGUGUCCUGUUGCACCGACGUGCGCUGGGGGUGCACGAGCAAAAAAACGAGAUGGAAUCGGUCCAAGGAAGGCGUGAAUUCGACGGGGAUGCAUCCAUUGCCCUCCAUCCAUUGCGUUGGGGACUCGAUCCGAGCGCAAUACCCUCGCCGGGAAAUGUUGCCUUGUGCGAUGCCAGGACCGAAUUCACUGAAGCUUGAUCCCAGGGCAGACGACCGCGACGAGCACCAGGCACCUCCACGAAGCUCGCGCUGCGUCGUGGCACGAACAGCAUCGAAUAGCGUGCCCUUUGUGCCGCACGUUUGCCAUACAACGGACCCCUACACGAUCCAUCUGCUUCCCGGUGAAUUUUUAUCGGUAGCACGUGGUUUUGUGGGGUGCCGUGUUCGUGGCCUGCACGUUGCCGCAUGUUUCCGCGACAUGCUAGGUCGCCAGUGCACAUCGCCGAAACGCCGUCGUUGUCGGCACCGGGGCCGGCAGGGCUAUUCAAUGAACUGCUUCUGGCAUCAAUCAAAGCAGUCCAAGAGUGCCGUGCGCACCCCCGGUGGUGCUCUUUUAUACUCGGGCCAGUCCAACCCGACGUUGCAGCCCGCAUUGCUCGAUUCAUCCAGCUUGGCAGGCGUGUGCACGUGUAUGGGCCCAUCCCCCUCAUGUGUGUGCGUCGUCCAGCCGUCUCGUUGGCACAACUGACUACCGUCGUAAGCCAGGCGAAGGGCGGCCACGGCACAACUCGCCUCGAUUGAGUGUUGUGUGGCCGGUGAUCGUGGGCACGAUGGUGGUUCACCGCGGCCGUCAAAUUGUCAGUCAGAAUAGCCAUUGAUAUUACUAUCGACUGACUUGGUCGAAUUAAAUGUUCACUCAUACAAAAACCGGAACCGUGCACGG